AUGCUAUUGGCUUCUCUCAAGGUGGGCAAUUUAUGCUGCAAUCAACCUCCAGUCAAAAAACUGGUGACGUUCGGGAGUCAGCAUAAUGGAAUUACACAAUUCAAUAAUUGCGAAGACAGUGGCUUAGGACCUUUCGUCUGCGCAGCAUGGGAGGGAUUGCUGGAAACGCAGACGUGGACGAGCUUCGUGCAGAGCAAACUGGUACCGGCGCAAUACUAUCGUAGUCUUGACGAUUUGGAGAGUUAUUUGGAGUACAGUAAUUGGCUUGCGGAUUUGAACAAUGAGAGAGUUGUCAAGAAUCAGACGCAUCGCGAGAAUCUGCAGAGAUUGGAGAGAUUCUGGAUGUAUAUGUUUACGGAAGAUACGGUCGUCGUGCCUCCUGAGAGCGCGUGGUUCGAUGACGUGGUCGAGAAGGAUGGGGAGAGGAAUGUGACGGGGUUAAGGGAUAGGGCCUUGUAUAAGGAGGAUUGGCUUGGGUUGAAGAAGUUGGAUCAGGAGGGCCGCCUAGAGCUCAAGCUUGCGGAGGGAGGGCAUAUGACGAUCACGGAAGAGCUUCUGACAGGAGUGUUCGAGAUGAUGUACGCAGAGCACAAGGAGGAGCUGUGA